AUACAUGAAUAAGGCCAGUUAAUGUCACACGUCUGUCCAUUUGAAAUCUUCGUUAGUGAAUUUACUAUUCGCCCUGGUUUAGGACAUACUCAUUUUGCUACUUGAAAUCAUAUCAAGACAUACAGAUAUUAUAUUGUUAUAGAUUUAUUUAAAACUGGAAAUCAAUUUCAUAUCAUACAAAGCCUUCACUUUAUCCGGAACAUAACAGAAUCAUGAACAUGUCAAAUCCUAGAGGAUUUCAAAGAGACCUACAUGUGUCGGAAUUUUAUGAUCAAACUGAAAAUUUGUUAGCAAUCGACAAUAGCAUUUAUGCUUUGAAAUCUUUAAAUUCAGAGAGCUAUCAACUAAAUUCAGAUAAAUUAUGGCCGAAUGAUAUUUUCAAGUCGAACAAUCAAUACAAAGAGGUAGAAAGAUUUUCAAAUAGUUCUCCUGAAGAUGUUUUCCAGCAGGACGACGAAAGCUCCACGAUUAAAACAACCGCCUCAGAGAACACAACUAGUUGCAAAUCAUCCAC